CCGCGCUGGAUAGACGCUCGAGCGUUGAGUACGUUUUGCCUAGCGUGUUUGUAUCGUUUUCCGUCCGUGGCGCGUGUACGAGCCGUUCGGCGUGUGUGUUUGAUUUGUGCAGACGGGUUUUCCAUCCGAAGACGAAGAAUCGUGAGUGGUUGAAGGGCUUGAACAAAAUCUGGGUGUGAACAUAGAUCGAUCAGCAGUGUGUUAUCAGUGUUGGUGGUUUUUAAUAAUUAUCUAGGAAGAAAAAAGGAUUCCAAGUAGCAGAACAACUCGACGCAACGAUGAACAUAAAAAUAUCAUUACUAGCUUUAAUGCUAAUGAUAGGCACGACGGCAUCGAUCGCGGACGGACUGAUGCUGUGCGACACCUGCCAGCACGACAUGGACUGCUCGGACAGCGUCAAGGGCAGCUACUGCACCCUGGAGGGCAUCUGCGAGUGCAGUCCGUUCUACGUGCGGCUUAACGAGUCUUCCUGUCUUCCGUCUCAACUGCUCGAGAGCGAGUGUAGCCUGUCGGAGCAGUGCUCGAUGCGUGUGGCUAACAGCAGCUGCAUCGGUGGUCGGUGCCAGUGCGAUGGAGGCUUCCUGCAAUUCCGCAAACAUACCUGUCUCUCGCCUGCCCAGCCGGGAACGGUUUGCUACAGUCACGCACAUUGCCGCAUGUGGGACAAGGAAAGUCACUGCGAUUUCCUAAUCCCGAACCUGUUCGGCCGCUGCCAGUGCACAUCGCCGGCACGCCAAAAUGGACCGACCUGUGUGACGGAACCAGUGACGGUAGCUGCUCCGGUGGAGGAGGAGGAGGAUGUGGUGGAGGUGCAGCAGGAGGAGGUGGAAGAGGAGCAAUUCCCCGCUGUCGCUAAGCCCCAACAACAAAGCCCCGAGACUGUCGAGCCGGAGAAGGAAGAAAGCGAGCAAGGUUCGAUCGAUCGAAUGUCGACCACGACCGAGGACGAUGUGAUCGUGGUGGAUAAUAUUGUGCAGCGAGAUGAUGCUCAGGAUGAAGAGAUGGCUUCGGCUGAGGAGCACAUCACAACGGAAUACCAAUCCGCCGGUUCGGAAGAGGAUGGUAUCAGUACGACAGAUUUUAUCGAAAUUACGACGGGAAGCUCUCAGAAUCGGGAACACGUGAUGACCACUAGCGGUAUGGAGCAGUACGAAAACACGGACGAGUACUCGAACCUUGAGCAGGAAGUUGAGGAACAGUUCAAACAGCAAGAACUUGCCGAUGCCCUGUCGACUACGACGGCCGCUCAGUGGGCUACCGAAAUAGCUGAGGCCAUUACCUCGCAGGAACGGGAACAGGAUCCGCUGGAGAAGAGUGACACUACGACUGACAUAACGCUCGAAAUUUUGUCUCCUUCGAGUGAUGCUGUUACAACGGAGCGUAGCGAGACCACAACGAUUAGCAGAGACGAUGAACCAACUACAACCGAGAUGGAGUUCGAGACGGAACCGAGUGACGUUGAAAAUGAGGUUGAGAUUGUGGAGUAUGAUCGUACGACGAGACCUGAGGAUGAUGCUACACAGCAAGCCGCUUCUCUGAUCCAGGAACAAACCACCGUCACUGGUGACGACGUCGCUACAGAGCAUCGCUUCGAAGAAACAACCACGGCAGCUUCCACCGAUCGCUCAAACACGGAAUCGAACGAUGCGAAGGAAAUGACAACGACGGAGGUGAUUGAGCAGUAUCACGAUGUGCAGCUGCGCCGUCAAGACUCUAAGAUUUUCGACGAAGAUGAAGUGGACGAGCUGGUGGAGAAGAGUACCACCAAGGAUCGGUUCGAACCACGGGAAACGACAAGACAUUCCGAGCGUGAUAACGAAAUAAUUGACACGCAACACUCGGUAGACACGACCACGGAAACGCUGGUACGAUUGGCUAGCCGCACGACAGCGAUGGAACCGGAAGCUCCCAUUUCAACGACGACCGUUGCUACAUCGACUGCAAGAAUACGCACUCGCGUUGAUUUGGGAGAUGGUCCGGUGUCAUUGGGAUUGAGCUGUGCCAGCAGUGAACAAUGUCAGUUGGCCGAUCCCUACAGCUACUGUAACGAGGAGGGACGGUGCGAUUGUUCCUACCGCACGCCAGAUGAUUCUUGCCGAGCCACCAACACCGGUUGCUCCCGAGGAACGUUCCAGUGCCGUUCGAGUGGAAUCUGCAUCAGUUGGUUCUUCGUGUGCGACGGACGUCCGGAUUGCAGCGAUGCCUCGGAUGAAGAGUGUAACUUCUCGCUCAAAUCGAACGUCACCCAUCAACGCUCCAACAGCUGCCCCGAGCUAUCGUUCCGGUGCGAAAAAAGUGGCCGGUGUAUAUCACGGGCCGGUAUCUGCGACGGUAAGGCGCAGUGUCCGCACGGCGAGGAUGAGGUCGGAUGUGAUUUCCGCAAGUCGCGCAAAUGUCCGGAGCACACAUUUAUGUGCCGCAGCGGUGAAUGUUUGCCCGAGUACGAGUACUGUAAUGCGAUCGUGUCCUGCCGGGACGGAAGUGAUGAACCACCGCAUCUGUGCGGUUCGCGGGCAGUUCCGAACUUUUUCGUCAAGUUGCUGAGCGGUCCUACGGCACGGGGCCGCAACUAUUGUCCGAUGCGUUGCGGUAAUGGGCGUUGCCGAUCGACGGCGAUUGUGUGCUCGGGACGGGAUGGAUGCGGUGAUGGUAGCGACGAGGACCGGUGUUCUGUUUGUCGUUGCCCGGCGCCUGCCUACAACAACGUCCUGGCGCCCAUCGUACCGGCCGUCAUGUCGAAACCGCGGAGUAGAACGAGCCGCAUCACCGGUGGACACUGGUCACGAACAUAAGCGCCCCCCGGCACUAAGCAAGGAACCGUGCAAGGCUCGCUCGCGCCAUAUUCGCGCUUCGGUUCGGCGUGGUUAUGCAGCUUCACAAUCGCUUACUUUUUUUAAAAUGUCGCCCGUUUCUUUUUUUUCUGCAUACGGUACCGAACCGAACCUCGGCCCGUAGGUUAUACUGCGUGCGUGCGUGUGUGUCUAGCAAGGUACCCCAUGCCCAGUUUUGUAAAUAAAGGCCACACCGUUUUCGAUAUGAGAAUAGAGAGGGUUGCAGGUGCUCUGAACCUUCACCGGGUUUGGCGCACUAUGAAGGGGAAAGCGGUCGGACUCGUACGCGUUUUAAUGACCCCGAUUUUAUACUACACCAUUCCAAGGUUGAACCACGACGCGCAACUAUCAUUCAACCGGGAAAGACGGAACGAUACUAGAGAUUAAGGCGAUAGUAACUUCACGAAGGUAGACACUAGCAGCAUAAUUACAUCAUCCCAGCAAGAAAAACCAGCAAUCGACACCCCAUUCCAUCUAUUUAUCGUCCAUUAGUAAGGUUAGCGUAUACGGUUAUUUGUAGUGCGGCGAGAGCGGUACAUUAAUAUUUUUUAGGGCAAAGAUAGUGUGUUCCGAACAGCAAACAAAAAAGGACAACAAAAAGGCCUGUUUGUUAGCGUUUGGAAAGCUUUUCCGGUGUUCCGGAAGUUGGGGGAUUGAAGGACUUCCUCAACGAUUUUUUGUCUUGGUGUUUAAGAGGGAAAACAAAACUCUUAAUGGAGUUAGAACACAACUUGACAUGCUGAUAGGGAGUUUGGAGGUUUAUUUAGAGGUUCUUUUUUCUGCCCAACCAACACAAGCAGAAGCCGAGUGCGUGGAAGAUUACGUCGAAGUGGAAAAUUUAUUUAUUGAAACAACAAACUAUCGUAGGCAUGAUUCAGUCCGAGUUUAUGAGGAUUACUGAUAAGCGGUGCAACCGAGACCGAGAUAAAGUCGAAUCUUUAAGCUAAA